AGGAAACAUUUCAUGACACCAAACUACAACAAAUCAUGCGAUUCACCAAAAGCAUGCAUAAAUCCCAAGGCAUUGGGCAUGGAGAAUAGAGAAAUAUCUGAUGCGCAAAUAACGGCCUCCUCAGAGUGGAAAACUCGUCAUGAUGCGUCAAACGCUCGCUUGAAUUUGAACCUUAAAUCUGGCUCUUGGUCGGGGAAAAAUGAUAAACACCAAUGGCUACAAGUGGAUUUCAGAAACAGAGUGACGAUAACAGAAAUCCAAACGCAGGGUCGUAAAAGCCAUAACCAAUAUGUGAAGACAUAUUCUGUGUCUUAUUCAUAUGACGGAAACACUUUCAAAUCUUAUAAAAACGAAAAAGGAACAGAGGUGUUUGUUGGAAAUUCUGACAACUGCAAAAUUGUACACCAGAAACUUUGCCCAGUCAUCGUUUGUCAGUACAUUCGUAUUCAUCCAAUGUCUUGGUACAGGCACAUAUCAAUGAGACUUGAAUUUGUUGGAUGUUUGUAUAAUUAGUUGAGAUCUAACUGAAAUUAUAGAAAGUAACGCCUUAAUGUUUCUAUGACACUGAUUUCACAUAUUUUAACAUAACACCAAACAACAAACAUAAUAAACACUGAAUUCAUAUAUCUGUAUUAGUUGAAACAUUUAGCUAUAUUAAAUAUUGCAGAGCUAUUAUCUUUUCAAUGCAAAUGCUUUAAGAAAUAAUUAUAUAAUCA